AUGGCCGCUCAUAAUAUUGCUAACAUCAAGUGGGAUCAUUUUGGCGUUUAUCGACGUUUCCAGUUGCCUAUGGAUGUUGUUGGUGACUUGUACCGGUUGUUACUAGUUAAAAUCAAUACCGUAGUUCCUGAUUUUAACGGCAGACUGGGCUGGAAAGACGAAGAAGGCGAUAUAAUACAUUUUUCAACUGACGAAGAAUUGCGCAGUGCACUCCAUAUUACCACAGGCAAUCAACUUCGUAUCCAAACGAUCAAAGACCUCCCGCAACAUGAGAGAGAAAAAUCAUCGAGGGACACGAAGAAAGGAAAUAAGAAAGUGAAAGAAAUCCAUCCGUUUGUUACAUGUAAUCGUUGCGAUCAGCCACUUUAUGGAAUUCGUUAUAAAUGCUGUAUUUGUGAUGACUUCGAUUUGUGUGAAGAAUGUGAGAAAGAUGGGUGCCAUCCAGACCAUGCUUUGAUUCGUUAUGCUACACCACGAACACCGAAGGUUGAACACCUCCGUCCGAGACGCACCUGGCGACAAAACAGUCAUGCUUUUGGUCAUCGCGAUACAUUUUCACAGGAAGGUAUUUUCGGACGAACUGCUACGGCCGCUGCUCAUGCUGCUCAUAAUGCAGCUAGUGCCGCAGCUCAGCACGCUGCAAGACAUGCUGCAGCUGCUGCUACACAUUUUGCUGAUAAUACUAAAGAAAAUGAUGGAUUUCCACCACAAUUUCGGGAUUCGGUAGCUCAAGGCAUGGAAUAUCUGAAAGAAGUUGGCUCACAGAUUCAACAGGCACUUGCAAAUUUUGGAAUCGAGGUUGAUAUGGAUGUGCAGCAGGAUGAUAUUUCGGAGAAAAUUCCCAAAGCAGAAGAUCACACAGAGAGAAAUGCUACGGAAAACAAUAUAGAUGAAAAUGAUGAACAAAAGAAAGAUAAAAUAAACGCUUCAAAGAUUGAUGAGAUGGAAAAUGAGGAUGGAAAACGGAAAAAUGAUAGUCCCAUGGUUCAGAAUGCUGAAGCGAUCCCAGACGAGUUGGACGUACCAAUGAAGAAGAUGCACAUCUCAGAGCAUGAAGAAACCGAAAAAGUGGUGCAAAGUUCGAAAGAACCAAUGCCUGAUACUGUCGCUUCUGGCGAUGAUAUUUCUGAUGAGUGGACGAUAAUGGACAUCACUAGUCCAGGCAACAAAUGUCAAUCAAAUGCACCCCUGUAUCCUAUUAUUACUAAUGGAAAGUGUAUGGCUGGUACGCCGUUCAUAGUCCCACAACCUGGACCACACAAUCCACACUGCUAUUUCAUUUACCCAGAUGAACAUAUUGCACUUUGUGUAAUACAGUUGGAAGGAAUGGGUUUCGAUAAUUGUAAUGGUUGGCUAACCAAACUUGCGGCGGACCUAAAAGGUAACGUUAGUGCUGUCAUCGAGGACAUGAAAAACGAUCCCGUUUAUGCGAAACAUUUCGAAAAGGAUUUCUAA